AGCCGCUCCAUUCAUCCUCCUCAUCACAGAGAAGAAACAAAUAGGUGGCGUUUCUCUGUUGAAGUACAGUUUACUCAUCCAACCGCAAGAGUACAAGUCACUCGAGCGAUAAAUACAACACCGGAUAGUUUUCUCACGAUAUUUGGAGGCGUAGAAAGAUGGGGAAACAUAACAGCAAGCUUGCUCCUGAGGUGCUGGAUGACUUGGCCAAGAGUACAGAGUUCAAUGAAGCCGAGCUGAAGCAGUGGUAUAAAGGAUUUCUGAAGGACUGUCCAUCUGGCAUCCUCAAUCUGGAAGAGUUCCAGCAACUCUAUGUCAAGUUUUUUCCUUACGGUGAUGCCUCCAAAUUCGCCCAACAUGCUUUCCGGACAUUUGACAAGAACGGCGACGGCACCAUUGACUUCAGAGAGUUCAUCUGCGCGCUGUCCAUCACGUCCAGGGGGAGUUUUGAACAGAAACUCAACUGGGCGUUUAACAUGUACGACCUAGACGGAGAUGGCAAGAUAACACGGAUGGAGAUGCUGGAGAUCAUUGAGGCGAUCUACAAGAUGGUCGGCACGGUGAUCAUGAUGCGUAUGAACGAGGACGGGUUAACCCCACAGCAGCGCGUGGACAAAAUCUUCAGCAAGAUGGACAAGGACCACAACGACGAGAUCACGCUGGAGGAGUUCAAAGAGGCGGCCAAGAGCGACCCAUCUAUUGUUCUUUUACUGCAGUGUGAUAUGCAGAAGUAAUGGAGGGGAGGAGAACGAGAGUAAAGGGGUGGGGGGUGAGCUGUAGGGAGGGGAAGAUAACCGUGUACAGACUUCUAGAUAGAUGUAGGUAAUACAUGAUGAGAGAAAAUGUAUAUACAGUUGAAAUGCAUAGAUUUGACUUACAUGGGGACGGUUGGUAUGAGAUAACCAUACAAGUUUUUGUAAUGAUUAAUAAUGCGAUUUUCAUCCGGUAUCACCUAGUAAACUGAUCCACUGAUUCUAUAAAACUUUUAUCCCAAGCCCUGCGAAUUUUAAAGCCGAUUCUGGUAGCAACAUGGGUUGUGGUUAUAGAAAAGAAUAACUGGGAAGAAAUUUCUUUAUGAAACCGUAGGGGGUUCAGUAUUUUUUGGAAAUUCUUUGUGGGUACCUUCAUACACAGCACUCAUCCCCUACAGAUGUGUACAAAUUACCUACAUAAACUCAAAACACACAUGCCAUGCUGAAAAUGCUAAGAUAAAGUGUUGAUUAGUGACUCCGACAGGAUAAUAUUGUGUCACAUGAUAAUAAUCCCUUACUGUCACAGAAAAUUUAGGCUUGAAGAUACCAUCUAAAAGCAUAGACAUCUAAACAAUUGAGAUCAAACUGCAAAUCCAUGAGUAACAGGGAUAUUUGUUGUAUCCGGUCAUACCAGGAAGCAAAGGGUAUUGUUUAUGAGAAAAUAGACAAUAUGUGUACAUGAUGACGUUUUGUAUAUAUGCUUAUACACAUGCUUAAUAUGUAAAUGUUUCUCUAAUUUAGAACAGCUUUCAUAAUCUGACACGGCUGUGAUGAUUUGUGGGCUAACAAAACUAUUAUGUAUGUAUAUGGGGUUGUCUGUCUGCUUGUAAAGGGGUGAAAGAGGAAAACGAACGUGUACAUUUUCUUUACUGUAGUUUGGUGUGAAAGGAUGUGUCAGCGUGUGUGAGAACACAAAUGCCUCAAUCUUUGUAUAAAUACUUUGCCCUGCAUUUCUCAUGCCAGCCUUAGAAGUAUUCAUGGGAUAGUAAACCCAACAAUGAAAAUUAUGUCAUAAUUUUCUCGCCCUCAAGUUGUUACAAACAUGUAUAACGUAUAUAUUUUGAGCUACAGAUCUGGGGCACCAUUGACUUCCAUAGUAUAAUUUUUUCUUACCAUAAAGGUCAGUGGUGCUCUUGCUUCCUAAUGGAUUAUAAAUAUAUUCCUUUGUGUUCAGCAAAACAAAUUUUUUAUGCAGGAUUGUAACAACAUAAGAGUGAGUAAAUGAUGACAGAAUUUUCAUUUUUGGGUGAACUAUCCCUUUAAGCCAUUGUAAGCUAGUGUAGCUGGUGAGCUGUUGUUUGUCAUGAGAGCUUUUGUUUAGUCUUAGUUCAUCUUAAUGGUUCACAAGCUUAGCAGGUGUCAACAACACAAGACGAUUUUAACUGUAUGGAUAUUGUCAAUGUUGGACGGCCACGUACCUUUCUUUUCUCUCGUAAUAUAAGUGGACACAAAUGUAAACCAGACGCAGAAUGUGUACUACUCGUCAAUGUUACUAUGCCGCGAUACCUACAGUACUAAUGCGAAAAUGCUGUUGCACUAUAAGUAGUUGAGUAGGCAAUACAGUUGUAGUUUUAGACUGCCUCCCUGUGGUGAAAGAUGCUAAAACCUAUUAAAGGGAUAAAAAAUACAAUUCUAUCAUCAUUUAUUAACCCUUGUAUAAAUUUCUUUGUUCUGUUGAGCACAAAUGAAGAUAUUUGUAAUCAAGCAGAAAGCUGGAGCACCACUGACUUCAAUAGUAAAAAUAAGAAUGCUAUGGAAGUCAAUGGUGCCCCAGAUUUGUUUGGUGUUAAACAUUCUUCAAAAUAUCUUCCUUUGUGUUCAGCAGAACAAAAAAUGUAUACAGGUUUGCACCACCAUGAUGUUGAGUGAAGGAUGACAGAAUUUAAAUUUUUGGGGUGUACUAUCCCUUUAACUAGGUGAACUGCAUUUACACUUAUCACAAUGAUAAGAACUUACUUAAAACUUUGUGCUACCAAUCAAUGGCAAUUAUUAUCUUUUAUUAUUAUUAUUAAAGUUAUUUUUCAUAGUUAAAUGUUUAGCAAUACAUAUAAAUUACUUUAAUUCUGUGGUUCAUUCUGCUGCAUAUAUUGUUGUGAUGCUACUUUUGGUAACCAAAGUGAUUUCCUUAAUAUUGUGUCACAACUGCCUUGAUAAUUUUGUCUUGUAGUUCUUUGUACAUUCACACACCUCUUUUGUACACCUCUGAUCAUGAGCUGAACGUGUUUUUUUUUUCGUAUUACUGUAUGUCACAUUGUUGCUUUUUAUUGAACCAAAAUGUGCUAAAAUCAAAUUCAAUUGGAGCUCCUUUUAAGUCACCGAAUAUAAAUAGUACUGCAUAAUAUGUAUGCCAGCAAUACUUAAUGUAUGGAUCUUUCCGAUUGACCUUGUAACUAUGUAAUAAUCGCCGUAAUUACAUUACAUAUUACAUAUGUUAUAGUUUUGGGAGGCGCAAAAUAGGCCUUGUGGUUUUGUGCUGUGAUCUGCAGAACUGUUUAUACACAAACAUGCCAAUGUUAUGGUCUGAUUAUGUUUUUUGUGUGCCAAAGACUAUGAAUUGUAAAAUUGGAUUACAUAUAUGUACAAAACAGAUCUAAACUUUAGCACCCAUCCUGAUAUUGUUAAAAAAUAUUUUACUGAGUGAAAGUUACACACCCCUGUGUCAAAAACGAGACUUCACUGCAAAGUCUGUCCCAUAAUAUUUAAAAGGGAGGAUUUGUAUUUAGUCAUGAAAUACAAAGCUUUGUGUAUGUGUGCUGUUCCCGUCUUGUUUCUGUUAAAUUUUUUCAAUAUCGUAAAGCUCCUCGAACAAAGAUGUGCAAUUAUUUUUGUUACAUAGAGAAUAAAGUAAAUAUGUGGAUGUCUGCUGAA